AUGAGUGAAGAACAUCAAAUGAUCGAAGGUGAAGACUCGGAACACGAAGAAUUUGAAGAAGAACCAUCCAAUGAUCGGAAUGAUGAAGCCCAACCUCAAGAAAUUGAAGGAGAAGAUGAUGAAGAGGAUGAAGAAGAAGAAGAAGAAGAAACCACUCUCGUUCCGCAACAAUCAUCCAAUCAAAAUAAUUCAGUAGCUUUUUCAUCGGCAACUUCCAACAUGGAUGAUCAACAAGUACAGAACACUACCAAUAAUACUGCUACUACUACUUCUAUUGAAAAAUCAACCAAUGUAAUUGCUGCAACUACGACAUUGACCGGAUCACAACAAGCUUCUACUGUGGAUCAACAACAACAAUCACAACCAUCGGAAUCCAAUGCAGCUUCAUCAAUCCCUUCUUCUUCUUCUCAAACAACAUUGCAACAGCAAGAUUCUUCGCUGAGUUCAGCAAAACCAACAACUACUCCAUCUACCCCAUCUUUGGAAAAGACAGGUGGUUCACCAAGUUAUUCAACAUACUUUUCUGGAGUAUUGAACAAACUUAAAUCUGAAUUACAAGUGGCAACUCUGGCAGAGCCUGUGGAAAAGUUUAAGAAAGCCUUCACUGGAGAAAUGACAACCAAUCCUGAAUCAAAGAAUCCAAAUGCAAUUCCAAUCAAAGUGACAUCUCGAAUUAAGGAAUUGAAACAUUGUAAUGAACAAUUGGCGAGUUUGCUGCACAAUAAGUAUCACAGCGCAUUGGAGCAUGUAAAUGUUGAAUUGACACGAUUAGGCAAUGGAAUGGGAAGAACACAUCAAACAGUUCAAAACAUCCAAACUCACUUGAAAAGAAGUGUGGAUAAUUUGGCUACCUUGUCGGCCUUAAUUUAUGAAAGCAAGCAAUACUUGCCACCACUCAAGAGUUUUUCUGUGGCUACUAGUACCACGCCAUCCUCAACGACCACUGCAACAACGACACCAUCAACACCUACCGCAUCACAAUCGACAGCCACUGACACAACCGAUAAUGCAGCAACAGCUCAUGCACCAAACAACACUACAAGCGUUGCCGAAUCUUCACAAGAUUCCAGUAGCCAACCAUCCACUUCACAGCCUGUUGAAGUGUUGUAA